CGGCCUGUGACAUUAUAUUCUAAUACAUACCACUUCGCUCUUUAGACAAGAAGAGGAGGAGGAGGAGGAGAAGAGAAGGAUGGCUCCAACUUCAUUUCUCCCUCAUCUCCUCUUCAUUCUAGUCAUCUCCUCAAUAAACUCAUCUUUCUCAUUGCCCACCUUCUUCCCAAGGGCACCACAGCAAUCACUAGCCCAAUCCUCAACCAAAACCACCAACAAAAAUUCCAAGCUCCCUUACACUGCUCAUUACUUCCCUCAGCAACUAGACCACUUCACUUUCAAGCCCAACUCAUACAAAAUCUUCUACCAAAAGUACCUCAUCAACUCAACCUUUUGGGAUCAAGGCCCAACCCGCGCCGCACCAAUCUUCGUCUACACGGGCAACGAAGGCGAUAUCGAAUGGUUUGCAUCCAAUACAGGGUUCAUGAUGGACAUAGCUCCAAAAUUUCGAGCUCUUCUAGUCUUCAUUGAGCAUAGGUUUUAUGGGGAGUCAUUGCCAUUUGGCAAGGAUUCUCACAAGUCCGCAGAGAAGCUGGGGUACUUGAGCUCGUCGCAGGCUCUGGCUGAUUACGCAGUGCUUAUUAGGAGUCUGAAGCAGAAUUUGUCUGCAGAGGCUUCUCCUGUUGUCGUCUUUGGUGGCUCUUAUGGAGGAAUGUUGGCUGCAUGGUUCAGGAUGAAAUAUCCUCAUAUAGCAAUUGGGGCCUUGGCAUCAUCAGCGCCUAUCUUGCAGUUUGAUGACAUAACUCCAUGGAGUAGCUUCUAUGAUGCUGUGUCUCAAGACUAUAAGGAGGAGAGCAACAAUUGUUACGAGGUGAUUAAAGGGAGCUGGGAUGAACUUAUGGCAGUUGCAGAACAAAAGGAUGGGCUACUGAAGCUGAGCAAAACCUUCAAGACUUGCAAGAGUCUUCACUCAGUGUAUUCCGUUCGUGAUUGGCUAUCGACAGCAUUUACAUAUACAGCAAUGGUUGAUUACCCUACCAAAGCAGAUUUCAUGGCGCCUUUGCCAGCAUACCCUAUCAAAGAGAUGUGCAAGAUUAUUGAUGGGUUUCCGGCAGGGACUAACAAGCUCACCAAAGUCUUUUCAGCGGCGAGCCUUUAUUACAACUAUUCUGGUACUCACCAAUGCUUUGACUUAGAAAAUGGAACCGAUGCUCAUGGACUUGACGGUUGGGAUUGGCAGGCAUGCACAGAGAUGGUCAUGCCGAUGACAGUCUCGAACAAAAGCAUGUUCCCACCGUCGACUUACAACUCUAAAGAUUUUGAAGAAGAAUGCGUGCAAAAGUAUGGAGUUCGACCAAGACCCCAUUGGAUCACCACAGAGUUUGGUGGCUAUAAAAUCAAACAGGUUCUCAAGCGUUAUGGAAGCAACAUCAUAUUCUCCAAUGGGAUGAGGGAUCCCUGGAGCAGAGGAGGAGUUUUGGAGAAAAUAUCAUCCAGCAUCACCGCGCUCGUGACAGAAGAAGGGGCUCACCAUUUGGACUUUAGAUCUGCCACGAAAGAAGACCCGAAAUGGCUUGUUGAACAAAGGAAACAGGAAAUGGAGAUAAUCCAAAGCUGGAUAGAUCAAUAUCAUGCGGACCUCAAAGAUUCAUCAAUGAAUCAAUGACGUGAGGGAGCAUGAGAUUCUAGUAAAUGAUCAUAUAGAAAAUAAAGUAAACAAGGUUGUUCUACUCGCAUAAGUUACGAGGUAGCUCAGCUUCAUUUAGAAAUUUUUUACUUCAAGAAGGAACGAGAGAACGAAAAAAGGAUGAAAGGAAGAGGGCCAUGCAUGUUCUGAUAAUUGUACCAAACAUUAUCAUUCUGAAAGUUUCAAUUU